UUAAGAACUCUCUGGAAGAAGUGCAGCACAGCACCAGGAGAGAGAACCCGACAAGAACUGGAGAAGAAAUUGAUCACCAAUUUCAUCAGAAUUCCGCCGAGCCCAAAUUGAAAUUCCAGAUUUCAAGCGCUUGGAACGUAAAUGAGCUUUGGAAUCAUACAUAGGGAUGUAUUUGGGGGAGUGGGACAAGUCAGGGUGGAGUAUUUGGGUUUUAUGUGUAGUUGGAGGUUCUUUCUCACUCUCAGAAGAGCUAUCAUCUGCAAAAAUUUUGAGUGGAUGAGGAGAUCAAAUAUUAGUUCAAAUAAUUUUUGCUUUGGAGCAUCUUGGAACAUAUGAGCGAUGGAGCUUCUGGAUCAUUAGCUUAACUUGGGAUUGUUCUCUUGGUUUCAUAAUUUUUCUGUUUGAAUCUAUAAUUUUGGAGCAUCAUGGAGCAUUUUGAGCAAUGGAGCUUGUGGAGCACAGCUCAAUUGAAGGAUUGCUCUCUUGGUUUGCUUCAGAUUUUUUCUGCUCGAUUCUGUUAUUGUCAAGUCAAAUACAGAAUGAUAUAAAUUUAUCCAUUAUAUUGUUUAAUUAUUUCUCUUCAAUGUUAACUGGAAUCUUGAAAAUUGUUUAUAAGUUACAUCUGCUUGCAGUUAUCUGUGAAUUCUCCCUUCAUUGCUGAGAAUGAGUGGCCGCUUUUCACGCUCAAUCUACGUUGGCAACCUACCAGCAGAUAUAAAGGAACUGGAAGUUGAAGAUCUAUUCUACAAGUAUGGUCGUAUAUUGGACAUUGAGUUGAAGAUCCCACCUCGUCCUCCUUGCUAUUGUUUCGUGGAGUUUGAAAGUUCUCGAGAUGCUGAAGAUGCCAUCAGGGGUAGAGAUGGCUACAACUUUGAUGGCUGUAGGCUGAGGGUUGAGCUUGCUCAUGGAGGAAGAGGGCCAUCAUCUUCAAGUGAUCGCCGAGGCAGUUAUGGCAGCAGUAGUGGUGGUGGUGGAGCUGGAGGGCGUCAUGGCAUUUCUCGUCAUUCUGAUUUCCGAGUUAUUAUUCGAGGUCUUCCAUCUUCUGCUUCUUGGCAAGAUUUGAAGGAUCAUAUGCGGAAAGCUGGGGAUGUGUGCUUUGCUGAGGUUUCUCGUGACAGUGAAGGAACCUUUGGCUUGGUGGACUACACAAAUUAUGAAGACAUGAAAUAUGCUAUAAGAAAACUUGAUGAUACUGAGUUCAGGAAUCCUUGGACAAGAACCUACAUCCGGGUAAGAGAAUACAAGGGCAGCCCUUCAAGAAGUCGUAGCCGGAGCAGAAGCAGGAGCAGGAGCAGAACUCCAAGGAAGAGUAGGAGAUCACCCGCCCGUUCAGUUUCGAGAUCACCACCGCCAAAGUCUAGAUCUGCAUCUCCUGUUAAGUCGACCAGGUCCAGGUCAUUGUCCAGAUCAAUGUCAAGGUCGAGGUCGAGGUCGAGAUCGAGAUCGAGGUCACCGUCAAGGUCCAGAUCGGCAUCACCACAGCAGGCAUGAUCAAACAGUGGCUAAUGCUGCCGCUAGAUUUGUUUAGUGGUGAUCUCCUCUUGAAAGGAGAAUCUGAAACUCUAUGUUCUUAGUUUGAUAGGAGUCUGCUAUGGACUAGAGCUGUAUUAAAGACUGGAACUUUUGGAGGUCUGUCCUAGUAAUGUGUUGUUUUAUCUGUGAGAGCUGCAAGUAUCUCUGUUCUCUCGGCUGUCAUUAGUCAUUGGCCAAUCAAACAUGUAGACUUUUGCACCAGUGGUUUUUCUGCUUAACUUAGUUCCGACUUAUAUUAAACAUUAGCGUGUUGAGACAGUUGAUUUCAUUUGUUGUCGAUGUGAUGCUGUA